UUACCUCAUCGCCGAGUGACGUUCUCUGCAGCCAGCCAGGCUCAGGACCUGCAGGAUCCCUCCCAGCACAGCUACUACGACAGCGGGCUGGAGGAGUCAGAGACCCCGAGCAGCAAAUCAUCGUCAGGGCCCCGCAUUGGGCCGCUGGCCUUGCCUGAGGACCACUACGAGCGCACCACGCCCGAUGGCAGCAUCGGGGAGAUGGAGCACCCCGAGAAUGAUCUCCGGCCUCUGCCCGAUGUAGCCAUGACUGGGACCUGUACCCGGGAGUGCACAGAGUUCGGCCACUCCGAUACCUGCUGGAUGCCCGGCCAGUCCUCCCCCAGCCGCAGGCCCAAGAACGCCCUCAAACUCUCCACUUUUGUGCCUUACCAAGACAGAGGGAGUCAAGAGCAAGUCGGGAAUGGCAGCCCCAGACUCUCAGAAGAGCGCAGCACCAAAAUGGCCAACCUCCGCCUGCUCCCCACGUACAGUGCCUUCUCCAGUAGUAGCCAUGAGCCCUGCAAGGACUCUCCCAUGGAGGAAAUUCCUCUCACCCAGACCUCGGACUUCCAGCCAGCCACCACCCCCUCGUCCCAGACCACCAAGAGGGAGAUCUACCUGUGA